AUGAUAAAUACAUUAGAAAGUCUGGCAAAUGAAAUUCUUCUUAAUAUAUUAUCGAAUUUGACAUGGUUUGAAAUGAUAGAAUCAUUUUGGUCAAUUAAUAAACGAUUUAAUUCUCUUGUUUGUUCAAUAUUUUCAAUAAAUUAUGGUAGAAAUAAAAGUGGAAUUAUUAUUAGUGAAACAGAUUUAUCUUUAAAUAAAUAUCAGUUAAUAUUAUUGUCAAUAAUUUCUAAUUCAAAUCUUUCUAUUUCUAUACAACGUAUUUAUAUUGAUGGAGCAAAAUCAGUUUUUUUUGAUCUUAUAUCUAAAUGGAUUUUUCAAGAAAAUCUUAUUUGUUUUAUUAAUUUGAAAUCACUUAUUCUAACUCGAUGUUAUCUAUCAGAAAUCUUAAUUAAUAAUUUAUCUUUACUUAUUCAAUAUCAAUUAGAUGAAUUAAUCUUAACAAUUGAUGAAGAUAGUCUUGAAAUGUUUUACUAUGAAUACGAUUCUGGCAAGAAUGGACGUGAUCAAGUUCAAAAAUUGACAGUCAUAUGUCAAGAAUUCAUACAUCAACUUUUUUCAUCUAAAUGUCAAUUAACCCCCCUUCAACUUGAUAUUUCACAAGACAAUUCUGUUUUUCAAAUACAUAAAUGUCUUUCAUCAUCAUCAUCUUCUGAUAUUUAUUCAAAUCAAAUCGACAGUCAACUUGUUACUAAUUGUAUGACUCUUCGUCGUUUACACAUUCAUGUUAUUCAUGGUUAUUUUAUUGAACAUAUUAUUGAACAUGUACCUGCUCUUGAAAUUCUUUCAGUUGUAAUUGGAGAUUCAUUGGCCCAAGAACAAUUAUAUCAUAUGAAGACUAAAAAGUUCUCGUCAACUAUUGUCAAUUGGUAUGAUAAGAUUUCAAAAUUAAAAUCUUUUACUUUAAACAGUCACAUUCUUGUUGAUUCUCAGUUUGAAUAUCUAAAAUGGAUUCUUAAUAAUGUUAAUUAUGUUGAAAAAUUAAAACUUCGACUUCAUGCAUCGGACAAACUUAGAAAAAACGCAUUGAAUUCAGUUCGAUAUGCUGAAUUUUGUCUUUCUAGUUGUCAUAGUGGUUCAAAUGAAUCGACGCGUAUUGGAAAAAAUCUUGUAUCUUUUCUUGGGAAUUAUACACCAUAUUUGCAAACAUUACGUAUUUGGCGACCAGAUGAUUUUCCUUGGACAUCAAUUCGACCAGAAUUUCGACCAAAAUGGCGUCGUCAAAAAUUGACUGAUAAAUGGUUAAAAUCUUUAACAACAUCUCAAUCAAUUACUGAACAUGUUUCCAUAUUUGAAUAUGAUCUUUCUCAAUUAAUUCAACAAUUAAAACAAUUUACUUUUCUCGAUAUUUAUGGUCGAAUUGAUCGUCAAAAAAUCGAACCUUACCGUUCUAUGAUUCAAAGACGUUUUCCUAAUAGUCGAGUUGAUAUUCAAAUAGGAAGAUUUUGUCUUUGGUUUUGA